GUGCUGAAUUCACGCGAGUGUUCGCGCGAGAAAGCGCGGUUUCGCCGGGCUAGGCCAGGGCGGGCGGCGCGCGCACUCCUUUACCUAGAUAUUAAAAUCAAAUAAAAACACGCCUCCAUAACAAUUGAUUGUUGUGCCAACAGUGCGAGUGCUGUGAAGUGGUCCUGAAAUGUGAAACGCCCUACAACAGGAGAAAAUUAUCCAGCAAGAUGACUGUAGUUGUGAAUCCAGCGAGGACGGAGGAGGAAGACAUCGGAUCUCCUAUUCCCCCUCACUCUCACCCAUUGGAUUUACCCUUGGCUUCAACACCUGAUGAUCCUAUGAUCAGUCCUCAAUAUGUCGAUUACAUCAGUCCCACUUCUGAUAUAAUAGAAAAUGACAGCAUAGAAAAUUCUCCUGAAUCUCCGCCUAACUUAUACGAUGAUGAAACUCAGAGUGACAUUGUAUUUGUAGCUGGUAUAAAUGACGACACAUAUCGCUUCCCCGGCCAUCGGCGAGUCCUGGCUGCAACCAGUCCUGUCUUCGCAGCUCUACUAUCAGCUAAAACCGACGUAAUAGUGGUCGAUUAUAUUGAUCACAGGGGAUUUGAGAAUCUACUCAGAUACUAUUAUUGUGAGCCCACACAACUAACAACUGUACACACAGCUAGAUCAACCCUCGAUGCUGCUUACAAGUUUUUAUGUCCUCAACUUACUGAACGAUGUGCACGCAAGUUAGACGAAAUGUUGGACGCAGAAGUAGCACUGGACAUUAUACGAGACUUACGAUUCUUGUGUGCUAGAUUGCCUGGUGCCGCUUCUGCGCCACCCUUGCCUGCCUUGACGGAUGAUAGAGCAGCUCGAUCGCUCGCCCAAUGUGCGAGCUGGUGUGACAUGUUAGCGCAUAACACUCUCCUUGUAUUGGACGAUAAUGCUGAUGAGGCACUACAACAUGAGAAGCUCGAAGAUCUCACAUAUGAAGACCUCGCGUUGAUUGUUAAACGAGACACUUUGAGAGUAUCGAAUGAACUUAUUCUGAUAGAAGCAUUAUCACGCUGGAGUACAUCUAUUUGCAAGAAAUACAAACGAGAGUUGACGCCUGCCAAUAAACGAGCCGCAUUAGGAGAGCUGUCAUAUUGUCCUCGAUACCUGCUACUUCAGGGCGAUGAAUUGGAACGCGCAUUUGGAUUUGAGUUGUUAGAGCCAAUGGAAAGAGCUCUGGUAUUGGCACGAGCGAGGAAAUUAUCAGCACCAAUUCCUGUCGGAGCACAUCAGGAGAAUCUACUUCGCCGUUGGGCCCGACCGCGACCAAAGGAUCCGGCGGCAGCCCCCGUGAAGCUUAGUCCACGUUCUGAACCAGAGCCUGAAGAAUUACAACCCACAAAGCUCUGUGGUCGACGCCCGAAACGUCUUAAACACCCAAAAUACCAAAUAGAGGAUCCAAACCUUUACAAUACUUAUAAAAAACAAAAAGGGUGUUGCGCUAAAUUUACUGAUGGAUUAAUCCGAGCAUUUAUUUGUUUAUUCGAUUGAAAAUCUACAAUUACUGAAUUUGUAAUUCAAUGUGUAGCUAUUGAAUAGAGUUAAAUAAUGUGGUAAAAUCUAUGUUGUAAAGUAACCUAAACGUGUGUUAAAACGCGUUGGAAGUUAUACUCCUUUUGCGCAGCAAGAUAAAAUCUUUUAAUUUUUUUUAUCAUCCACCUUACUCGACGUUUGUAGAAAUACUGAUACUAACAGUAGAAAAAAAAAACAAAAUUUUGACCUUAGCUAAGUUCACGGUGUCAGUUUUUGUGACAGUGUGCGUGCGCGUCGUAAAAAUUAUUUAUUUAUUUAUUAUUUAUAGCCUUAUAGCAGGAUCAAUAUAUACAUUAUAGCUUUUGUUUUUGUUGUCUAUGAUAGCUGAUUCUGUGUGCCCACUGGCAAAGGCCUCCCCCGUUUUUACAUUUAAGGUUGUACAUUUGGGGGGCGGUGGUCUAAUUCCCCACGGGGACCAGCCGGGUUGGGAAUGCUUCUUUUGUUUGAUUAUGUUUAAUUGUUUGAUUUUGUUAAUUUACUCCAUCAUAUUUCCCGGACGCGCCAAAAGAAGUAUAACUUCAAUAAAAUUAAAUAUUGGUAGGAUAUAGUAACUUCUAGUGCAAAACUAUUUUUGUACUUUGUAAAAAUACUUGACAUUUCUAACCUCUAACGUAGAUAAACUACCAGAUUUGAAUACACUAUUUUUGGCUUGACAUCAAAACCUCAGGUUUCAAAUUAUAUAUCAUACAUUAUGCCUCUGUAUGCUUUAAAAGCGUAAAUCUUUAUAGAAAAAUUAGUAGUUUCCGUUUGUAUACGUUAUAUUAUUGUAAAUGGCAUAACUGUAUGCUAUAUUGAUUUAGAUAAUUAAACCACAAGAAACACCAGUUGUAGAACAAUUCGGGUGAUUUCAUUUAAUAAAUUUUUAAAAAGAUAAUUUGAUUAUUACGAUGCACAAAGCUUUGAGCGAAUGUCUGUUAAAAUGUUGAUAAAUAAUGAAAAUUUUAUUGCAUUUAACAACGACUAUUAGUUAAUAAUUUUGUUGCUAGUACAUUCUUAUUCAUUGCUGUUAAUUCUGAUGUGUUUCAAUUAAUUUAAUGUCUUUCGUGGCCUGAAAGCAAUUUUAUUAACGAAUGCACUUUUUCACACAACUCGCCUAACUUAAGCCUGCGCCCGUACUCUGUAACUUCCAAUAUUGACAGCGAAACCGAACUCGAAGUUUUUGAAGUUCGAUAAUCCUCUUAAUAAUCACAGCACUGAUGACGUAACCUUCCGAUUGCAAAAGUUUGGAAUCGGAAUCGAUGUUACAGAGGCAGGGGCCUGUUAUCAAAGCAUAAAUUCUACGUAGUAGCACAAUACGUUAUUUUUAUAUAUAAAAGUCGGGUUAUAAUACAUCAGAAUUCACACACUUUUACAUAUAACGAACACAAUUUUUGUGUUUAAAUCAUUUUGCUUGAAAACUAGCGAUACUAUAUUGUGAUGAAUUAGAAUUUAUUUCUUCCCAUUAAUUGUGUGCUAGUCGUAUUAUAAGUACAUUGUUAUUGUUUAUUAGAUUAAUUAUACAGAUUUAGUUUUGUAUGGUGCUUCGAUUUCUUUUAGCAGCUUUUCGUAUACAUAGUGCCAUAGGUAAUUAUGAUUUUUGUAAAUACAUAGAUUAUUCAAUUGAUGACCUUAGCUUAAAUUUUCUUAUGAAAAUUCUUUCAUUUCUACUAAGUAUGUAACAGCUGCUCUUUAUUAGGUGUAAUUAAAAUUUCUUGUAUCUUUAUUAUAAUUACUGCCAAAUCUAGGUGUUUAAUGUACUAUAAUUUCACUCCAUUCAUAAAAACUGAAUCAGUCUUAUUAUUAUUUUAAAAGUACAUUUGCUAUGUUGAAUGUGUUUCGGCUGUGAUGAAGAGUUGUACCCAAGAUCGAAUAGUGAAUUUGUAAGAGCUUUGGGCUAUUACGGGGAACAUCCCCUCAGGCACACGCGAAAAAUACACCGACCGAAAACAGGCGACGGGAAUUCCCCGUUUUGUUCGAUAGAUGCGCAUCGCAUAUGGCUUGAUUGAUCUCAGGCAAGCUUAUGAUGGGAUUUUAUUUUAAGAUAUUUCUUAAAAUUUAAAAUAUCGCCUAUUAUUUUCAGUCGAGACUGGGGGUCGGUCGGUCCUUUGUACCGACGGAGCUCUAGGCUGGAGCCAAAAAAUACCUUAUAAUAAUAUCAAACCUAGUAUCCGUAAAACCGGGAUGUUGUAGAACCUUAACAUUAUUUAAAACAAAUACGGUUGGUCUCAGCCUAUACACAAUUUGACGUAAGCGUACUUUGGUUAAUAAGACUAUUUUGUUUUUUAUGAACAAGUAAGUAAAUUAAUACGCAAUGCGUAGAGCAUUUAUAUGUUACCAGUGUAUCUACAAUUAAAUUGUAUUUAUAGAUAAGUUUAUUAGAAAUUAUUUGCAUUAAAUGUAAUCAAAUGUAGAUGGAAUGUCUUCAGCUAAGAGCUGAUUGAUUUUAAAUAAAGAUUUGAUGUUAUUUA